AGGAGCCGCGAGCGGAGUCCCGGGUCCAUCCCGCGCUCUGCUUCCUCGCGCCGCCUCCGCAUGCGAAGGCUCCGGUCUGCCCCUUGGCUUCCGAACCUGAACAGUUGGCGCUGAAAACACUUUACUCCUCCUCCUCUUCCUCCUCCUCCCCCUCCCUCGAGACCCCCCCCCACAUCCUCCCUGCACGCCACCUCCCGCCCCCCACAACAGGCCCGAAGAGUAACCCCCUAAAGGCGGCCAGAAGCGACUCCGAACUCUUCGGCGGGAGCAGGUUGGAGGCUGGGUUUCGGAGAGACUCUGGAUUGGGGUCCGUCGCCAGCCCCUCCUCCUGGAUCCGGCUUGAUUUGCAUAUUUUAAAAGAGGAUUUUUCUCAUUACCUUUGAACACCCCUUUUAACAAAAUUUCUGGAGGAGCUCGGUGAGGAAGAUUGUGAGGGAUCCUAUUUUAAGGGGGAAAAAGCACGGAGGGGGCAUAUAUUAAUUUUUCUUUGGUUUUGGACUCGCCCUUUCGAGAGAGCGAGCGGUCGAGAGCGAGGAGGGAAGAGUGGAGAGGACCCGCGAGGCGCGCCAGCCCGAGCCACCUCCUUCCCGGCCGCCCCCUCCCCACUCCCCCCGAUACACACUCGCUCGCUGGCUCGCCGGCGCGCGCACACCCCCCGCGCCGGACCCGCACCUCGGCGGGCGCCACACUCUCGGCAGCCCGAGCCGCGGCAGCCGCAGCGGGAUGGAGGCAGCGCGCACCGAGCGCCCCGCAGGCUGGCCCGGGGCGCCUCUCGCCCGGACGGGGCUCCUGCUCCUGUCGACGUGGGUCCUGGCCGGUGCCGAGAUCACUUGGGGCGCGACGGGCGGUCCCGGGCGCCCCGAGGCCCCUGCGUCGCGGCCGCCGGCGCUGCUUCCUCUCUUCCCGCGGGCAGUGGCAAGCCAGUGGCCAGAGGAGCUGGCGACGGCGCGGAGAGGCGCCGCACUGGGGCGCCGGCCCGGCCCGGAGCCGCUGUCCCAGCCAGGCGGCGGCAGCGGCGGAAAGAAGCAGGGAGAAGGCGGGGGACCGUCGCCUGCAGGCGCGCGGUGGGGACAAGGCACCCCGGCUCCGGGCAAGCCUGCCGGCGCGAGGAGGAGUCGCCGGGCGCAGCCCCCCAGUGCCCUGGAACGCGGGGACGCCCGGGCCUCUGCCUUGUCCGAUGGUGCCAAAGGAAGCCGCCCUCCGGCCAAGGGUCUCCGGGAGGAGGUGAAGGCGCCGCGGGCCGGGGGGGCGGCGGCCGAGGAGCUCCGGCUGCCCAGCACCUCGUUUGCGCUGACCGGGGACUCGGCCCACAAUCAAGCCAUGGUGCACUGGUCCGGACACAACAGCAGCGUUAUACUUAUCCUGACGAAGCUGUACGACUUCAACCUGGGGAGCGUGACUGAGAGCUCACUCUGGAGAUCAACAGACUAUGGCACCACCUAUGAAAAGCUGAAUGACAAAGUAGGUUUGAAGACUGUCCUCAGUUAUCUCUACGUCAAUCCCACCAACAAAAGGAAGAUCAUGCUUCUUAGUGAUCCUGAAAUGGAGAGCAGCUUACUGAUCAGCUCAGAUGAGGGGGCCACCUAUCAGAAGUACCGGCUCACCUUCUACAUCCAGAGUCUGCUCUUCCAUCCCAAGCAGGAAGACUGGGUGCUGGCCUACAGUCUGGAUCAAAAGCUGUACAGCUCCAUGGACUUUGGAAGACGGUGGCAACUCGUGCAUGAACGCAUCACACCCAACAGGUUUUACUGGUCGGUGGCCGGACUGGAUAAGGAGGCGGACCUGGUGCACAUGGAGGUGCGGACUGCAGAUGGAUAUGCUCACUACCUCACCUGCAGGAUCCAGGAAUGUGCUGAGACCACUCGGAGUGGGCCUUUUGUCCGCUCCAUUGACAUCAGUUCCCUGGUUGUUCAGGAUGAAUAUAUCUUCAUUCAGGUAACAACUGGUGGAAGAGCCAGCUACUACGUGUCCUAUCGAAGAGAGGCCUUCGCCCAGAUAAAGCUGCCCAAGUACUCACUGCCCAAGGACAUGCACAUCAUCAGUACCGAUGAGAACCAAGUGUUUGCAGCCGUCCAAGAAUGGAACCAGAAUGACACGUACAACCUCUACAUCUCAGACACGCGUGGCAUCUACUUCACCCUGGCCAUGGAGAACAUUAAGAGUAGCCGAGGUCUAAUGGGAAACAUUAUUAUUGAAUUGUAUGAGGUAGCAGGUAUCAAAGGGAUAUUCUUGGCAAACAAGAAGGUGGAUGAGCAAGUGAAGACAUACAUCACAUACAACAAGGGCAGAGAUUGGCGCCUACUUCAAGCUCCAGAUGUGGACCUGAAAGGAAGUCCAGUACACUGCCUGCUGCCCUUCUGCUCCUUACACCUGCACUUGGAGAUCUCUGAAAAUCCGUAUUCCUCAGGAAGAAUCUCCAGUAAGGAGACAGCCCCGGGGCUUGUGGUGGCUACAGGCAACAUUGGCCCGGAGCUCUCAUAUACUGAUAUUGGUGUGUUCAUCUCUUCUGAUGGGGGCAACACAUGGCGACAGAUCUUUGAUGAAGAGUACAAUGUCUGGUUCCUAGACUGGGGUGGCGCCCUCGUGGCCAUGAAACACACACCUCUGCCAGUCAGGCAUUUGUGGGUGAGUUUUGAUGAGGGCCACUCCUGGGACAAGUAUGGUUUCACUUCGGUUCCUCUCUUUGUUGACGGGGCUCUGGUGGAGGCGGGAGUGGAGACCCAAAUCAUGACAGUUUUUGGCCACUUCAGCCUCCGUUCUGAAUGGCAGUUGGUGAAAGUGGACUACAAAUCUAUCUUCAGCCGACGCUGCACCAAGGAAGACUAUCAGACCUGGCACCUGCUCAAUCAGGGGGAGCCUUGCGUCAUGGGAGAAAGAAAAAUAUUCAAGAAACGCAAGCCAGGAGCUCAGUGUGCCCUGGGUCGAGAUUCCUCAGGGACAGUGGUUUCAGAGCCCUGUGUCUGUGCUGACUGGGACUUUGAAUGUGACUAUGGCUAUGAGAGACACGGAGAGAGCCAGUGUGUCCCAGCUUUCUGGUACAACCCAGCAUCCCCAUCAAAGGACUGCAGCCUUGGUCAAAGCUACCUUAACAGCACUGGGUACCGGAGAAUUGUAUCUAACAACUGCACGGACGGGCUGAGGGAGAAGUACACGGCCAAGGCCCAGAUGUGUCCCGGAAAAGCCCCUCGAGGCCUGCAUGUGGUGACAACCGACGGGCGCCUAGUAGCAGAGCAGGGGCAUAAUGCGACCUUCAUCAUUCUCAUGGAGGAGGGUGAUCUCCAAAGGACAAACAUCCAGCUUGACUUUGGGGAUGGGAUUGCAGUGUCCUAUGCUAACUUCAGCCCCAUCGAGGAUGGCAUCAAGCACGUGUACAAGAGUGCGGGCAUCUUCCAGGUGACGGCCUAUGCAGAGAACAACCUGGGCUCAGACACAGCUGUCCUCUUCCUGCACGUGGUUUGUCCCGUGGAGCAUGUUCAUCUCCGAGUUCCAUUUGUUGCUAUAAGAAAUAAGGAGGUCAACAUCAGUGCAGUUGUGUGGCCCAGUCAACUGGGGACCCUCACCUAUUUCUGGUGGUUUGGCAAUAGCACAAAGCCCCUCAUCACCCUGGAUAGCAGCAUUUCCUUCACCUUCCUUGCAGAGGGAACCAACAGCAUCACUGUCCAGGUGGCUGCUGGAAAUGCCCUUAUUCAGGACACAAAAGAUAUCGCUGUUCAUGAAUACUUCCAGUCCCAACUGUUGUCCUUCUCUCCAAACCUGGAUUACCACAACCCUGACAUUCCUGAGUGGAGGAAAGAUAUUGGCAAUGUCAUCAAGAGAGCUCUGGUUAAAGUAACCGGUGUCCCGGAAGACCAGAUCCUAGUUGCCGUGUUCCCUGGUCUCCCCACUUCGGCAGAGCUCUUCAUCCUUCCCCCCAAGAACUUGACGGAGAGGAGGAAAGGCAAUGAAGAGGACCUGGAACAAAUUGUAGAGAUGCUGUUUAAUGCUCUAAACCAAAACUUGGUUCAGUUUGAGCUGAAGCCAGGGGUUCAAGUCAUUGUGUAUGUCACACAACUGACAUUAGCUCCAUUGGUGGACUCAAGUGCUGGGCACAGCAGCUCAGCCAUGCUUAUGCUCUUGUCAGUGGUGUUUGUCGGCCUGGCUGUAUUUUUGAUCUACAAGUUUAAAAGGAAAAUCCCCUGGAUUAACAUCUAUGCUCAAGUCCAACACGACAAGGAGCAGGAGAUGAUUGGGUCAGUGAGCCAAAGUGAAAACGCCCCCAAAAUCACACUCAGUGACUUCACCGAGCCUGAGGAACUGCUGGACAAAGAGCUGGACACCCGGGUCAUAGGAGGCAUUGCCACCAUUGCAAACAGCGAAAGCACAAAGGAGAUCCCCAACUGCACUAGUGUUUAAUAUCCACAAGUCACGUGGUCAACCAUCUUUCUGACCUUAUUUUUGAUGAUUACUAUUACUCUUGUUAUGGAAAAAUGAAAAUGGCUUUUUUACCUUUUGUUUACCAAGGGCCCCUUCAUAAAGAGCAGGCAGAUGCUUAUUAGCUGUGGGAGGCAAAGGCGUUCUUAGCUGAUUAAAAUGAGACAAAAAGAAUAAAUGGCCGUAUUUGUGCGGAGGGCAAAGGAUGCAUCUUCCCGUGGCCUCCUUGGCUUUACUCUGCCGCUGACAGUGUGAGGACUCUUUUUACUGUGGUCACCUUUGUCAUUUAUUUGUUUUUUGGGUUUUUUGUUUUGGUUUUUGUUAAGUUGGGUUGGCUUUUCAUUAACCUCCCAUGUCUUGCUUCUCACCCCCACAAUCACCAACACCCUCCCCCCACCCCCAGCACACACCCCUAGAACACAAACCAUUCCCCAGUUAGAUCUGCAGGAGGUGGGUUGAUGGGGAGUGAAAGUAGCUGCAGAAAGCGUGCACAUCUUUACGAAAGAGGCCCUGCCUCGUGCAUGUCGAUAGCGAGGCUACAGGUGGCUUCUUGUAUAUAAUUACAGUGUAAAUAGCUUUUUAUUUCCUAAGAAAUAAUUUAAUGUUUAGUAAAAAAGAAAACCGAAAAAAGAAAGAUGCGUGUGUUGGCUUAUGCACUCACCGUCCGAGCUGACCAACCCCCAGGCCUGCUAGAUGUGUUGGGUUCUGGAUGCUCUCCAGUUGUCUGUCACACUUAACUCUUGAAUCUCUGUGUCCAUGCAUAGCUGGUUUCUACCUAUGUAUAUAAAGGGGGGGAGGGUGGGACGGGGAGGGCUUCUUUGGGACAAUUAGUAAAGGAAGGACUAGAGUGACAUCCUAGAACAAUGAGGGUCUUUCUGUUCCAUCAGUGACGUGGAAGAAGUUGCACGAUGAAGCCCACCAGAGACUUCUAACUGAGACCCAGGUGGGGAAACAAGGCUUCCCCUCCAAAAGGAAAGCAUUGAGGGUACUUACCAGCCGGAGAAGGUGGUUUUCCCUGAAGAAGCUAGGCCACAGAUCUAAGAGGAACAGUCUUUGUGCUUUCUGGUCAGAUUCCAUGGAAAUGUAUAAUGCUUAUGGAGAAUUCCUGGGCUAUUUUUAGCUCAGAAAAGCCCCUGAGCACUAGGUUAGGCCUAGCGAGCGCGUCUUGGCACAGGAGUCCAAGAGGCUGGGAGGGAUGUGGCAUUUGUGGCAUCAUGAGUCCAUGUAAGCCCUGCAGGCCAAAUAGGGGGCUAGCCUUUAAUGAUAUUAGUCAAAGAUGAUUUUAGCAAAGCUGUGCUAUUUGCUUGUCAGAUGUACACAACUUCCUUAAAGUCAAAUGUCUGCCUUCAGUUCCCUUAAGAUAGUUCUUGCCUCUGGGGCGAGUGGCUUUCAAAGCCAGCUUCUCCUUUCCAGCACCCCGGCCCCUUCAUGCAUUCACACACACUACUUCUUUUCCAUAGGGUCACUUUAAGCCAUGCCAUAAGCAUUGUUUUCUUUUCGGGCUCAGCCUGAGUCUACUUGUUUUAAAAAAUGAUAUACUGUAUAUAUACACGAGGAAAGGCCGGAGUUUGUACCUGUUAAUUUUUGUGAGCUAUUGUUCACAUUCUUCUCUGUGAGACCCCGAGAGAAUGUGACCUAGAGAGAUCUGACUGGCUACAGCAUAGAUGAGGAUAAGGAGCGUUUCUAAAGAUCCUGCUUUUUUGUUUCAAGGGUUAAAUGGGGCAGACAAUUGCAAUACUUGUACUAAAUACUGGAAUACAAAUGCAUGAGUCAUGUCUAUAUAUACAGUAUAUGUAUAUAUACUGUUCUUGAUUUUAUUGUUCCAUUUGAAUAUUUCUACUGUAAAAAAAAAGACAGUGGUUUUGAAAUUGUUGAAAAUAAAUGUAUUUUUGUACAUCAAAGCUA